CAGAAACAUUGAGCCUCGACACUUAGGCGCUCUCUGAAUCGCUUUUGUUGCUGGAUCAUACACGGAAAGAAGAAGAAUACGCGUUUGAACUUUUGCCACCCUCGUCUUUUUUUGGAGAUGUUCCUGCUCGAGCUCAAUCAUUUCUCAGCGCUAGCCACCGCGAUCACAUCUGUAUCAUCUGUCCUGCUGCUUCUCGCCGUCUCCCGACAACUAUGGGCCCUCCGGUGGUCCAUCACGCGGGAUAGAGACAGCAAGCUGCCUCUUCCGAAGGGGUCCAUGGGGUGGCCACUCGUAGGCGAAACUUUCCACUGGCUUUUUCAGGGGCCAAGCUUUCAUAUCUCCAGGAGGGAAAAAUACGGAAACGUAUUUAAAACCCACCUUUUGGGGAAACCGGUUAUCCGCGUGACAGGAGCGGAAAAUAUCCGUAAAAUUCUGCUUGGGGAGCACAGCUUGGUGUGCACCCAGUGGCCUCAGAGCACGCGGAUCAUCCUGGGCCCCAAUACGCUGGUGAACUCCAUUGGAGACCUUCACAAACAGAAAAGAAAAAUCCUGUCUAAAGUGUUCAGCCGCGGGGCACUGGAGACGUACAUCCCCCGGCUGCAAGACGUGGUGAAGUCGGAAAUUGCUAAGUGGUGUUCAGAGCCCGGCUCCGUGAACGUGUACGUCGCAGCCAAAGCACUCACUUUUCGGGUUGCUGUCCGGGUGCUCUUGGGUCUGACCAUGAAAGACUCCGACAUAGAGUACCUCUCCAAAAUAUUCGAGCAGCUUAUUAACAACCUCUUCUCACUCCCGAUUGAUGUGUCAUUCAGUGGCCUCCGUAAGGGUAUACAAGCUCGUGAAAUACUUCACACGUUUAUGGAGAAAAUAAUCGAAGAGAAAUUACAGGACCAACGGUCGGAUGGGCAGGAUGCGUUUGACUACAUCCUGAGCAGUGCCAAGGAAAGCGGCCAUACCUUAAGUACGCAAGAACUAAAGGAAGCUGCUGUGGAGCUAAUCUUCGCUGCGCACUCAACUACAGCCAGCGCCUCGACCUCUCUCAUCCUCCAGCUGCUGAAGCAUCCCUCUGUGGUCGAGAAAGCCCGGCUGGAGCUGGAAGCACAUGGACUAAGGAGUGGUUGCCUCAGUGUGCCUUAUCUGAGUUUGGAGAAACUGAGCCAGCUGCGUUACCUAGACUGCAUCGUCAAGGAGGUACUCAGAUUUCUCCCUCCUGUGUCUGGGGGGUAUAGGACGGCGCUUCAAACCUUCGAAUUAGACGGCUACCAGAUUCCAAAAGGAUGGAGUGUAAUGUACAGCAUCCGGGAUACCCACGAGACAGCUGCUGUUUAUCAGAGCCCGGAGCUAUUCGACCCAGAGCGCUUUGGAACCGAGAGGGACGAGAGCAGGACGGGACGCUUUAAUUUUGUCCCAUUUGGCGGCGGCAUACGCAGCUGCAUUGGAAGGGAACUGGCACAGAUCAUACUAAAAACCCUGGCUGUCGAAUUGCUCAGCACUACAGAAUGGAGUCUGGCGACACAAACCUUCCCCAAGAUGCAAACUGUGCCGAUUGUCCACCCAGUUAACGGACUGCACGUUUACUUCAACUACACAAACUCCGGAAAGAAGCAAGUCCAGAGUUAG